AUCCCCGUGUUAUGAUGUAUGCUAUGUUGACUGUUUCACUGUUCCUGGGGCUCGGGAUGUUGGGCAGCCUUGUCAGCUCGUCCCCGAGCCGAUACAGCAGCCCCAAGCAUCACCAUGAAGCACUCAACAAACAUGACAAAUUACUCUACGGAGACUGUCAUGAGGUACGGAAGGUGGGAGGCUACAAUGUAUCUGGAGUGUACACACUGCACAUCAACAAGACCUCCUCCUUCCAGGUACAUUGUGAGCACACAGCAGACAACUCCUUCACGGUCAUACAGAGACGAAUGUCCGGGGCAGUCACAUUCAUCCGGCAGUGGUCAGAGUACGUCGCCGGAUUCGGCAGUGUUCAGGACAGCUACUGGGCAGGGCUCAGUCAGAUCUUAUACCUCACAAGCACAGGAAAUAAUGUUUUAACGAUCAACAUGCAGACCUGGGAUGGGGAAGCUCAGAAUGUCCGUUACUCAUUUUUCCGUCUGCAAGAUCCGAACACCUUCACACUCAACAUUGGUGGGUUCUCUGGCUCUGUCCCUGACGAUCUAUUCUACAACAACAACAUGCCCUUUGCCACAUAUGACCGCCCCGACCCAAACAGCUGUGCCACCCAACAGAGUGCUGGGUGGUGGUACAACUACUGCAGCUACGCCCUCCCCAACGGAGUCUACUACACCGGAGGCAGCUACACGCCAACCGGCGGAUUCUACAAUGGUAUCUACUGGAAGGACUGGCGAGGAUAUGGAUACUCUUUGAAAUUCCUGUCAAUGUCUCUGUCUCAAAUGUGAUGCUACAAAGAUGAUUAUUAAUGUAUUUAUACAUAAUGUGUUUUUCUUACAAAAACCUGUAACAAAAUAACCAAUAAAUUAAUAUUAUUAA